AUGGCAGCCAUGCUGUUACCAACGGGUCCUGAUGGCUUGCGGCUGUUUACUCGUGAAUCCUUGGCUGCCCUGGAGCAGCGGAUUGCAGGGGAGCAGGCCAAGAAUGCCAAGGUUUGCAGGGAGACUCACAAGAACGUGGACUCAUCCAAACCCAGGGCCGACUUGGAGGCAGGCAAGCAGCUGCCCCGCAUCUUUGGGGACAUCCCAUCAGAGCUUGUUGGGGUGCCACUGGAAGACAUCGACCCAUUUUAUUUCAAGAACAAGAGGACUUUUAUAGUACUUAACAAAGGGAAGGCUAUCUUCAGAUUCAGUGCCACAUCUGCUCUGUACAUAUUCAGCCCCUUCCACUUCAUCAGAUCGAUCGCCAUCAAAAUUUUAGUCCAUGCCUUGUUCAGCUUAUUCAUAAUGGUCACAAUUCUGACUAAUUGUUUUUUCAUGGCGAUGUCCGACCCAGCUCCAUGGACCAAGCACCUAGAAUAUACUUUCACGGCCAUUUAUACUUUUGAGUCAGCAAUAAAGAUAUUUGCUCGAGGAUUCUGUAUAGUUCCUUUUACCUUUCUGAGGGAUCCAUGGAAUUGGCUGGACUUCAGUGUCAUUGUCAUGGCAUAUGUGACAGAAUUUAUAGACCUUGGAAAUGUCUCUGCAUUACGGACCUUCAGAGUGCUAAGAGCCCUGAAAACCAUCUCAGUUAUACCAGGUCUCAAGACCAUUGUAGGAGCUCUGAUCCAGUCUGUGAAGAAACUAGCAGAUGUGAUGAUCCUAACCGUCUUUUGCCUCAGCGUGUUUGCCCUUAUUGGUCUGCAGCUUUUUAUGGGACUGUUGCGUCAAAAAUGUGUCCGCAGCCUCACGCAGUGCGUCAACUCUUCCUAUAGUCCGAAUAUGUCUUUCACCUGUAACAACAGAACCUGGAACUCCAUGGAAGACUUUCUCACCAGUGACGAUAAUUUUUACAAAGUUGAAGGAGCAAAGGAUGCUUUAAUAUGUGGAUAUGGCAGUGAUGCAGGGAAGUGUCCAGAAGGAUUUGACUGCCUAAAGGUCGGAAGAAAUCCAAACUAUGGCUACACCAGUUUUGAUACUUUCGGUUGGGCUUUUCUGGCACUCUUUCGUCUCAUGACCCAAGACUACUGGGAAAAACUGUUCCACCAGACUCUGCGCUCAGCUGGCAAGACGUACAUGGUGUUCUUUGUAUUGGUUAUCUUCCUGGGGUCCUUCUACCUGGUCAAUCUGAUUUUGGCCGUUGUUGCCAUGGCUUAUGAGGAGCAGAAUCAGGCAACUAUUGCUGAGGCCUGGCAGAAGGAGAGGGAGUUUCAGAUGGCCAUGGAGCAUCUUCGUCGGGAGCAAAGAAUGGCGGCAAAAAGGCAAGCACAGGAGUCUGACUCCAUCUUGUCCCCGGAGUUGUCUCCAUUCCGUGCAAAGUUUGGAAGUAUUAGGCGAUGCAGCACUAAAAGGAGAAGAUCUCACAGGACUUUAUCGGAGGAAACAGCAGAAGAAGCUGAAGAUAAGCUUGACCCACUAGAUGAGCUAAAGCCUCCUUUGUCUCCCAUACCAGCCCACCCCCUUCUGGCCACACUCUCUUCUCAUCCGCUCAGCACUAGGCGAGGAAGCCAAAUCAGCAUUUUCAGCUCAUUUAGGGUGCGCAACAACUCAGACGCUGACUUCGGGGACGACGAGUACAGCAUCCAGGGGGAUGCGUUCAGAAGCCGCGCCAGUUCAACCGCAACACACUGGAAGAGAAGGACGGGCAGUGUGAGGAGCCACUGCUCCCAGGUCUUCACCCCCAGUCUCACAGUAAAUGGGCGGCUCAACAUUUCCCUUGACCAUAACGGAGUCACUCCAGUGGGGCCCCACAACCUGAACUCUCUGCCAGCUUAUAGCAUGGAGCAGAUCAAAGAGGACACGAAGCCCACGAAUGAAGGGGAAAAUGUUCAAAGGCUUCUUCUUCAGCCAUCCCCAACAGUGACUGAGCAACAUCCUGUGCGCAGAAAACGAGGACUGAGCUCCGUCAGCUUUUUCAGUGACGCCAUGGACGAGCUGGAGGAGUCCAGACAAAAGUGCCACCCCUGUUGGUACACCUUUGCCAAAAAGUACCUGAUAUGGGACUGCUGCAUAUGGUGGCUGAAACUGAAGGAGUGGGUGAAGAUGAUGGUGAUGGAUCCUUUCCUCGAUCUUGGUAUCACCAUAUGUAUUGUCUUGAACACUCUCUUCAUGGCCCUGGAACACUACCCCAUGACUGAGGAGUUCAACACCAUGCUCUCAGUGGGAAAUCUGGUGUUCACAGGGAUCUUUACUGCAGAGAUGAUCCUGAAGCUGAUUGCCAUGGACCCUUACUAUUAUUUCCAACAGGGCUGGAACAUUUUUGAUGGCAUCAUUGUUUGCCUUAGUCUGAUGGAGCUUGGGCUCUCCAAUGUUGAGGGGCUAUCUGUUCUUCGCUCCUUCAGACUGUUGCGUGUCUUCAAACUGGCCAAGUCUUGGCCGACCCUCAACACUCUAAUAAAAAUCAUUGGCAACUCAGUCGGCGCUCUGGGAAACUUAACACUGGUGUUGGCCAUCAUCGUCUUCAUCUUCGCUGUAGUGGGCAUGCAGUUGUUUGGCAAGAACUACCAGGACUGUGUGUGCAAGAUCUCUCAUGACUGUCAGCUUCCUCGCUGGCACAUGAAGGACUUCUUUCACUCCUUCCUGAUUGUGUUCAGGGUGCUGUGUGGAGAGUGGAUUGAGACCAUGUGGGAUUGUAUGGAAGUAGCAGGGCAACCUCUCUGCAUUCUGGUGUUCAUGCUGGUCAUGGUCAUUGGAAACUUAGUGGUACUGAAUCUUUUCCUUGCCCUGCUACUCAGCUCUUUCAGCUCUGACAACCUCUCAGCUCCAGAUGAGGAUGGUGAUUUGAAUAACAUCCAACUUGCUAUCGCUCGCAUCCACUCUGGUCUUUCUUGGCUUGCCACAAAUAUCAUCCACCUCUUCAACCACACUUUGAACUGCAGACGGAAAAACCCUCAAGAGAACUGUAAGGCCUUCAAGCUGGUUGGGAAUCACCUGGAAAGUAACGGUGGAAUUUACAGACUCUAUGGAGAAAAGUACAUUAUCCCAGAAGAGGACAGCUACAUGACUAACCCAAACUUGACAAUUAUUGUUCCAAUCGCACCCGGAGAAUCGGAUGUGGAGUUAAUGGAGGAGGAGGAUGUGUCUGAGUCAUCAGAGGAUGAAGACCACAAAGAGCAGAUAAGCCUUUCAGAAGGCAGCACAGUUGAUCUGAGGAAGCCUGGUGAAGAGCUGGACAAUUUAUCUGAUCUAGCUGAAGAGUGCAUGGAGCCAGAAGAAUGCUUUCCAGAAUUGUGUGUGAAGCACUGCCAGUGCUGUGAAAUUGACAUCAGCCAAGGUCUGGGCCAGGUUUGGUGGAGACUGAGAAAGACCUGCUACCAGAUUGUGGAACACAGCUGGUUUGAGACCUUCAUUAUUUUCAUGAUCCUCCUCAGCAGUGGUGCUCUGGCUUUUGAGGAUAUCUACAUCGAGAAGAGAAAAGUCAUAAAAGUGAUGCUGGAGUAUUCAGACAAGGUUUUCUCCUACAUCUUUGUGCUGGAGAUGUUCCUUAAAUGGAUCGCAUAUGGCUUUAAGAAGUAUUUCACCAAUUACUGGUGCUGGCUCGACUUUCUCAUUGUGGAUAUUGCUACUGACCGAUCUAUUGUUAGGGUGUCUCUGAUAAGCCUGGUGGCAAACUCACUGGGUUAUUCUGAUUUUGCUGCAAUCAAAUCACUGAGGACUCUCCGGGCUUUGCGGCCGCUCAGAGCUCUAUCCAGAUUUGAAGGCAUGCGGGUGGUGGUGAAUGCUCUAAUUGGAGCCAUCCCCUCCAUCAUGAAUGUGCUGCUUGUGUGCCUCAUCUUCUGGCUUAUCUUCAGCAUCAUGGGAGUCAAUCUCUUUGCGGGCAAGUUUGGAAAGUGUGUGAACAGAACGGGCUUCACACACAGUUUCCUGGUAGUCAACAAUAAAUCAGACUGUCUGGCCAUGAAUGACACUCAGUACUACUGGACAAAAGUGAAAGUCAACUUUGACAACGUUGGGCUGGGGUACCUUUCCCUUCUACAAGUGGCAACAUUUAAAGGUUGGAUGGAAAUAAUGCAUGCAGCUGUUGAUUCAAGAGGAGUAGAAGAGCAACCCAUCAGAGAAAUCAACCUCUACAUGUACCUUUACUUUGUUGUCUUCAUCAUAUUCGGCUCCUUCUUCACCCUCAACCUCUUCAUCGGUGUCAUUAUUGACAAUUUUAAUCAGCAGAAAAGAAAGAUGAGUGGACAAGAUAUUUUUAUGACUGAGGAACAGAAGAAAUACUACAAUGCUAUGAAGAAAUUAGGAAGUAAAAAGCCACAAAAGCCAAUACCACGACCUACGAACGUGCUCCAAGCCUUCUUCUUCGAUCUUGUGUCCAAGCAAGCUUUCGACAUCAUGAUCAUGAUGCUGAUCAUCGUCAACAUGUUAACAAUGAUGGUGGAGACGGACGAGCAGUCUGACCGCAUGGAGUCCAUUCUCAAUAAGAUUAAUUUGGUCUUCAUUGUGAUCUUUACGGCGGAAUGCCUGAUCAAGAUUUUUGCCCUCCGUUGUUAUUUCUUCACAGUUGCAUGGAAUAUCUUUGAUUUUGUGGUGAUUAUUCUCUCAAUCGUGGGGAUUGUUCUUGCUGACAUCAUUGAAAAGUAUUUUGUAUCUCCAACCUUGUUUCGUGUCAUCCGUCUGGCAAGGAUAGGACGUGUACUUCGACUUAUACGUGCUGCCAAAGGAAUAAGGACUUUACUGUUUGCCUUAAUGAUGUCCAUGCCAGCCCUGUUUAACAUUGGCCUGCUGCUUUUCCUCGUCAUGUUCAUCUAUGCUAUCUUUGGCAUGGCAAACUUUGCCUAUGUGAAAAAACAAGAUGGAAUUGAUGACAUGUUCAACUUUGAGACCUUUGGGAAUAGUAUGAUCUGCCUUUUCCAGAUCAGUACUUCAGCCGGCUGGGACAACCUUCUUAGCCCAAUAAUGUCCAGCUCACCAGAUGAGUGUAAUGUUAAUUUUGUCAAUACUGGCACAAAUACUCGGGGUAACUGUGGAAACCCCUCAGUGGGCAUAGCUUUCUUUGUGAGCUACAUAAUAAUCUCUUUUCUCAUUGUGGUAAAUAUGUACAUCGCUAUCAUUCUGGAGAACUUCAGUGUCGCUACAGAGGAGAGUACAGAUCCAUUGAGUGAAGAUGAUUUUGAAAUGUUUUACGAAGUCUGGGAAAAGUUUGAUUCAGAGGCCACACAGUUCAUCGAGUUCUCCAUGCUGUCGAGUUUUGCGGACACUUUGUCGGAGCCGCUUCGCAUCGCCAAGCCUAACAAGAUCAAACUGAUCGCGAUGGACCUCCCCAUGGUCAGUGGCGAUAGAAUCCACUGCCUGGAUAUCUUGUUUGCCUUCACAAAGCGGGUCCUAGGUGAGUCGGGGGAGAUGGAUGCCCUCAAACAACAAAUGGAGGAAAAAUUCAUGAUGACCAAUCCCUCCAAGAUUUCUCACGAGCCCAUCACUUCCACGCUGCGACACAAACUGGAGGAAGUGUCGGCCAUCAUCAUUCAGCGGUGUUACAGGAGGCAUUUGGUGUGCCGGCAGAUGAAGCAGGCUUCUUACCUCUACAGACAAAUCACUUAUGAGACUGUAGUAGAUGUGGAAAAUGCUCCAGAGACUGAGGGGCUGAUAGCAACUAUGAUCCAUCAUUAUGGGCCUGUGGGAGGCGAGUUUGCAGAGACAACCGAGGGCUCUAUAAUGUCCUCACCGCCGUCUUAUGACAGCGUGACCAGGGCAGCAAGUGACCUCUCGGAUGUCAUCAGAUUAUUAGCCAGAGACUCUGAACAUGGGGUUCCUCAUGAAAACUAUGACGAAACUUUUCUUUGA